AUUUUCUGUCCCCUCUAGUCUCGAUCCUCACAAGCAACUGCAUCUUCCGAGCUUCUCAUCGCUACUGCAAACAUCUCUCGCCAUCGCAACUGUCCCUAUAACACCUCAAAAUGUACGGACUCAAGUCUCUCUUCAUUGGCGCUACCGCCCUCGUCGCCGCCGCAAGCAGCGUUGCAGCGAUUCCCACCAGCCUCAGCUCUACUGCCAAGGACGUCAAGCCGGGUGACAAGUUUACCGUCACUGUUCACACCAACUCUUACAUCCAGAACUCCGAGGAGUACUACGUCAAGUUCGGCUUGACCCCUACCGGAAAGUACGUCGGCACUGCCCUCGGCGCAAACCUUCUCGAGGGCUACGAUCUCGUAGCCAUCGGCAAGUCCAAGACCGCGCACGGACAAUUCGACCUCUCCCUAACGGUCCCUUCGGAGUUCAGCGGUGCCGCUGGCAACUACACCGUCACCAGCGCCUUCUUCGGCACCGUCGGUGCAUCCGGCGGCCUCUGGACUCACUCGCCCAACACCACCAUCACCAUCGCCAAGUAGAUGCGUGCAAUCACUUCUCGGCUCCAGCGUCCAGCAUCAAUUGAGAUCUCUUGCACCUUACAAUCAUCACAACUGUAUAAUCGCACAUCCUGCAUCCACACCCGUCCCGAACAAUCGAAAGUUUGACUACCUAUGCCUUGUGAUCCGGAUCUAUUUUGAUUGUCGUUUGGCUGGCGAGC